UUAUUUUUUGGAGAGAAAAAAACAGUUUCGUUGGAGUUUUCAAAAGUCUGUUUUCAUUUCAUAACGUCACAGUGGAGUUGUCACAGUCACCUCAACCUUCAGCCAAUCAAACUAUUUCACAAUUUAUUAGUUAAUUUAUAUAUUUCACUCUGUUUAUUCAUAUGAAUAUUUAUCUCAUAAUGGCUCAUUUGUUUAUUUAAUACUUUACAUAACUCUGCAGGUUCAAAUUCUGCAUUCAAAAACAUCAGAUCACCAGUUUAUUUGUUUUUUUUAUUAUUUCUUUUUUCUUUCUUAUUUUAUUUAUCCUUUUCUUUCUUUCUCAUUGCUUCUGUUUUUUUCUUCCAGCUAUUCUUAAUCCUUCCUUCCAUUUUGCCUUUUUUCUAUUAUUUGUUUCUUUAUCUUGUAAUGGAGUAUUUUUCCCCCUGUGGUGUUGCUACUUUCUCUUAAGGAUUUCAGUACUUUCAGUACACUGAAGCUUUAAGGGUUUUUGAGGCCAAGCAGUUACUAAACUAUGAUUAAUGGCGGAGGUGCUUCAGUAACCAGCAACCGUCUUAUCUCGUCGACACACACAGCUCCGCCAUCCUGGAACAUUAUCUACGCAGUGCAACCCUCAUGCCCACCCUGCACACUAACACACAUACACACUCACAGAUUUGCUGUAUAGUGACCGAGACAUUAACACACACACACACACACACACACACACACACACACACACACACACACACACACACACUGGGUCCAAUUUGGAGGAAGAUAAGAGGAAGAGCAGAACGGAGAAGUGGUGAAAGCAGGAGAAACUGGAAAUCAAUCAGGCAGAAAUGUACUGAACUAAAACAGAAACCUAUCCUCAAACAAUAAAUAAUACAGAACACACUCAGACAUUGGACCCAAAAACAACCCUCACUGGUGUCCAAAGUAAAAAAGCUUCUGACCUCAGACACAAAGACGUGUCUGUCCCUUUAAGAAACAUGACACCAGAUGAAAGUGAAAGUUAAAUUAUUUCCUGGGAAACAACCACACUCUCUGCCGUCAUCAUUCCUACUUUUCAGACCUACACCAAUACGAAAAUGGCCUCCAGCAACAGUCUCUUAUCUGAGAUGCAGUUUCUUUGUCCCAUCUGCCUGGAUGUGUUCACCCGGCCAGUUUCCACUCCAUGUGGACACAACUUCUGCAUGUCCUGUAUCACAUGCUACUGGAAUGACACGCCAGUCUGCCAGUGUCCGAUCUGUAAGGAAACAUUUGAAAAGAGACCGGACCUCAAGGUCAACACUUUCAUUUCAGAGCUCGCAUCACAGUUCAUGUCGCUUCAAGUGACAGACGCUCACAUCUGGAGCGCAGACCAACAGAAGGCCAGCUGUGGUGGUGCGGUGCUGUGUGAUAUUUGUACUAACACCAAGCAAGAGGCUGUCAAAUCCUGUCUGGAGUGUCAGACUUCUUACUGCGACGUUCAUCUAGAGCCUCAUCAUAGAGCUACCGGACUGAAGAGACACACACUGGUUGACCCUUUGGCGAGCCUGGAGAAUAUGAUCUGCAAGGAGCACACCAGACUCCUGAUGUUGUUCUGUAAAAACGACCAAGUUUUGCUGUGUGACGUCUGCGCCAUUUCGCGCCACGUGAACCACGACGUCAUUUCUAUGCAGCAAGCAUACAAAGAGAUGAAGGCUCUGCUGGGGGACACAGAGGCCAAAGUGCAGCAGAUGAUCCAGGAAAGACUACAGAAGGUCCAAGCCAUGAAUGAGUCGGUAAAACAAAGCGUGACAGAAACCAAAGAUGUGAUAGCAAACGGCGUGCAGGACUUGACGACGCUGGUCUCAGAGAUUCAGAAGAGCCAGAAGGAGCUUGUAAAGGUGAUGGAGGAGAAGCAAAAAGAAGCAGAAGAACAAGCAGAUGAGUUUAUUAGCGGUAUGAAGCAGGAGAUCACCGAGCUGCAGAAGACAAUGAUGAAGCUGAGGGAGCUGAAACAGACUGAAGACCAGCUUUGUUUCCUCCAGAGCUUCCCAAACUCAUCCCUCCUACCACACACAAUGGACUUGUCCACCUUCAGUUUUAACAGACACGCGGAGAUUCAGCACAUACGGAAAUCUUUGAGCAAAUCCGUGUCUGAGCUGAAAAUGUUGCUGAAUAAAAUGAACACAGAAAUCCAAAAAUUCUCCGACGACACAGAUGUGUCAAACAAUACUAUGCUGCGAUAUAUGCAGCAGUUUGAAGUGGACAUUGUGCUCGAUCCUGACACAGCUCACCCUCUGCUCACUUUAUCUGAUGAUGGGAAACAGGUGAAAUACAGCAUGGGUUCAGGUUUGUGGGGAAUACAGAACCUGAACCCGAACAUGUUCACUGAACAUCUCGCAGUUCUGGGACAGAGAGGCUUCUCGUCAUGUAGGUUUUACUUUGAGGUGUUCGUGGGUGGAAAGACCGAAUGGUGUUUGGGCGUGGCUACGGCGUCAGUCCAGAGGAGAGGGGCACUUGUUCGGGGUCCUGGCUGUGGACUCUGGGCCAUCUGGUUCCUAGAGGAUAAGUUCGAAACCUUCAGUUCUCCAAAUGUGCCAGUACACUUCGGAAAACCGGAGAGGAUCGGCGUGUUUGUGGAUUAUAAUGGAGGGCAAAUUUAUUUCUAUGAUCGACAGACCGCAACACUUAUUUACUGCUUUACAGAGUGUUUCUUUACUGAAGAACUGUAUCCGUACUUUAAUCCUUGUGAUAAUGAAUAUGGUUCAAACUUGGAUCCCUUGAUAAUUGUUCCUGUCAGUCGUAUGGAGUGAAUGGAGGCUUCAGAGACUCAGUGAUUUGUGGGUUAUUUAGUAAAAUGCAACUGAUGUGUUUGAUUGCAAAAGAAACCUCAUAU